AUGAUGGUUGAUUCAUCUAUCUGGGACCAGGAGAUCGCAGUACCCGCAAGUGUUAUAACAUUUGUGGAUGAUAAUGUUUCGAAGUAUUUCCCUGAGGGUUCAACCGUGGUCAGCAUCUCUUCAUAUGGUGCCUCGUACUGGACAAGAACUGCCGAGAUUAAGACGACUGAUUCCGCCGGAGAUAGUAUCUCAUUCUUUUUGAAAGUUGCGCAAGGCGACAUCGGUAAAGGGAUGCUUCAUGGCGAGUUCCAUUCCAUGACAGCUAUCCAUAAGGCUAUGCCUGAUAUUGCCCCCCAGCCCAUAGGACAUGGGACCUACGAGGAGGAUUCCGAUACUCACUUUUUUCUCUGUCGCUUUCACAACAUGUUGGAUCGCCUCCCCCACCCCAAAAUCUUUCCUGGGAGACUGCCCCAGAACACGACUGAGUGCGACACAUGGGAAGAAUGUUUCUCGAAUGGCAUCGAGCAGUUCUUCGACGCCGAGGAGGAGGCUCAAGGCUUCGACCAAGAAAUGGCUGUUCUCAGAAAAGGGAUAAUGGAAAAAGUAAUUCCGCGGUUGCUACGACCAUUGGAGACUGGUGGAAACAAGAUCCAGCCAUGUUUGGUGCACGGGGACUUGUGGGAUGGAAAUACGUCGGUUGAUGCCGAGACUGGAAAGCCCUUGAUUUUCGAUGCGUGUUCAUCAUACGCGCAUCACGAAUAUGAAUUGGCUCCAUGGAGGCCUGUGAGACACAAGAUUGGAACGCCGUAUGUGACGGAGUAUCUCAAACAUUUCUCUGCAUCCAAGCCAGAAGCGGAUUUUGACGAUCGGAAUGCAUUAUACUGCGUGAGGUUUAAUUUAUGCUCAUCGGCUCUAUACCCGGGAAACCUUCGCUUCAGAAAUAUCGUGAAGCAGGAGAUGCGUGAUCUUGUAGAGAAAUUUCCAGCAGGAUACGAAGAUGAUGAUCGCAAGACUGCGAAGAUGUAUAGCGGCCAGGAGUCGGAUUCAAUUAGAAUGCUAGUUGCUGCCUGA